ACUCCAGAUCAAACUGUGCAUAUACAGUGUACAUUUAAGGGAAGGAAGAAAAAAUAGGAAGAUAAAGAUGAUGAUAAUGAUGAAUGAGGAAACUAGGCGAGUUAAAAUUCAUGUCUAUUGAUUCUCAACAAGUUGAGUAUUCAUUGGUGAAGUUGUGCUUUUAGUUGAACCUUGUCAUUUAAGCUUCUGCACAUUAAUUCAAAAAUGUUAAACUAUUUUCACUCAUCAAUAUGAAUAAUAUUGUCAUAUUUAUGAUUUAUUACUGUGCAAUGGCCAAGAUUGAAGUUAAAGGAUUACUUUUUUGUGUUCCCUUGAUGGUUCUGCAUUUACUUGUGAUCCACAGUUUAAGGUGCAAUGGUGAACAGUUUAUCCUUGGUUAUAUCACCGGCAGUCGACGUCGACCAGGCGAUGAAAAAUAUCCAAGACCAGGAAUCACAAUUUCAGGUGCAAUCAGUCUGGCAAUCAAUGAUAUUGCCAAUUCUCACCCUCUGGUCAACAAUCAUUCCCUUGAGUUCGUUGUCGCUGAAACCUUUGGUGAAGAGUCGGAAAGUAUCAGGCAAACGGCAACACUUUGGGCUCAGGUUAAUGUUACAGCUUACAUCGGGCCACAAGAGUCGUGUGUUCAUGAAGCUCGGAUGGCUGCUUCCUUCAACUUACCUAUGAUAUCGUACUUUUGUACUCAUCCAGGUACUUCAGACAAACAGUUGUUUCCAACCUUUGCUCGUACUCGACCACCUGAUACUCAAAUAUCCAAAUCAGUGGCUUCUGUUUUAUUGAAGUUCAAAUGGUCCAAAGUUGCUCUUCUUUACUCUCAAAGUGAAAGCUCAGAACGAGACUUUGAAGCAGUUGCCAGAACAAUCCAGUCCACUUUGACCGCCAACCGGAUUGAGGUUCGCUUUAUAAGUCGAUGGACAACAACUUACCAUUAUGGUUACACUGACAAUCCAUUUAAUGAUCUUGUCGAGAGGUCUUAUCGUCAAACUAGAAUCUAUGUAGUUGUGGGCCAUUAUUUUGAACAUCUUGGUUUCAUGUUGAGUCUUGAAGAGAAAGGCUUACUCCAAAGUGGACAAUACUUUGUGGUUGGAGUGGAUGUUGAACAUUACAAUAGCCAAGAGCCGCAAAUAUACUUUAAAGGAUUAUUAAAGGAUCAAAUUAAUCAAGUUGCUCAAAAAAGUUUCCAGUCUUAUAUUGGCGUCGUCUCAUCACCUUAUACUGGAUCUGAAUCAUUUUCAUUGAAAGUUAAUCGUUACCUGCAAAUGCCUCCAUUUAAUAUACCAAAUCCUUUGGGUUCCUUUGGUGGUCUUAAAAGGGUUCCAGCGGACGCUGCUUAUCUCUACGAUGCUGUCUUUAUUUAUGCCAGAGCAUUGAAUGAUUGUUUAAUUAAUGGUGUGAAUCCUCGUGAUGGUAAACUAUUACUUCAAUAUAUCCGUAACCGUCCUUAUCAAAGUGCCAUGGGUUAUCUGGUUUAUAUGGAUCAAAAUGGUGAUGCAGAAGGAAAUUAUACUUUGAUUGCCAGGAAAAAGCGUGAUGAUAAAUAUGGCCUUUAUCCUAUUGGAGUUUUUCAAAUGCCUGCUAACUCGAGCGAUUUACCGUCUCUUAAUCUAGUUGAUUCAGUUGAAUGGAUAACUGAUGAUCCUCCUUCAGAUGAACCUCAUUGUGGCUUUGAUGGUGACAAAUGUAAAGAGCCAUCAUUGGAAUGGUUAUUUGCUUUGAUCGCAAGUAUUAUUGCUGUAAUGGCAAUUCUAAUGAUGAUUGGUUAUCGAGCAUGGAUUUAUGAACAAGAAUUGGAUAGCUUAUUAUGGAGAGUUGAUUUUAAAGAUGUUAUUGUCCGAGAAAUCGGUCCGCCCACAAAAUUAUCAAAGUUUAGGUACAGUUCCCAAGUAUCACUCAAUUCAGCCAGUGACAUCCUCGAAUUUCGCUAUUGCCAUUUGUAUACUCAAGUAGCCUUUUAUAAAGGACGAUUAGUGGCACUGAAGAGGAUAAACAAGAAAAAUAUUGUCAUUAACCGAGAGUUAAAGAUUGAAAUGAAACAGAUGAAGGACAUUAGACAUGAUAAUCUAAAUCAAUUCAUUGGUGCUUGUGUCGAUGCACCAAAUAUCUCAAUUUUAACUGAUUACUGUGCUCGUGGAAGCCUUAAGGAUGUGCUUCAAAAUAAUGAAGUUCAUCUUGAUCAUAUUUUCAUAGCUUCAAUGGUCGGGGAUAUUAUCAGGGGAAUGAUUUAUCUUCACGAAUCUUCUAUUCACGUCCACGGCGAUUUAAAAUCAUCAAAUUGUCUGGUUGACAGCCGUUGGACAGUUAAAAUAUCGGACUUUGGUUUGAACGAGUUGAAACAAGGGGCCACUUUGAAGGUUGCUGAUUUUGAAAAAUAUUGUGAAAGUUUGUUAUGGAGAGCUCCAGAGUUGAUUCAGCUAUCUGGUAAUUCAUUCACUGGAAGUCAAAAAGGUGAUUCAUAUUCAUUUGGAAUCAUUUUAUAUGAAAUUUUGGGUCGACAAGGUCCUUGGGGAGGAUCAAAUCUAACAGCUACCGAGAUAGUAACUUCAUUGAUCAACCCAAAGUUUUCUGGUAAAUCGAUAAGGCCACCAAAUCAAUUGACCCGUGAUUUAUAUGAUUGUUGCAUUUUUUGUAUGGAGUCUUGUUGGUCUGAAAAUCCAGAGGAAAGGCCAGACUUUAAAGCAAUCCGUAACCGUCUCAAACCAAUAAAAAGAGAUUUAAAAAACAAUAUUCUUGAUAACAUGUUGGAUAUGAUGGAAAGGUACACUACUAAUCUUGAAGCACUGGUUGACGAAAGAACUGAUCAAUUGGUACAAGAAAAGAAGAAGACUGAAGACUUGUUGUAUGAAAUGUUACCCAAAGCGGUUGCAGAUGAGCUUCGACGAGGACACAAAGUGGAAGCCGAAUCGUUUGAAUCAGUAACAGUCUUUUUCAGUGAUAUUGUGGGUUUUACCAGAAUGUCGGCUCAAUCAACUCCACUUCAAAUUGUUGACUUUCUUAAUGAUUUAUAUACUCUUUUCGAUUCAAUAGUUGAGUCUUAUGAUGUUUAUAAAGUUGAAACUAUUGGUGAUGCUUAUAUGGUUGCUUCCGGGUUGCCCAUCCGUAAUGGUGAUCUUCAUGCAUCCGAAAUCGCUUCAAUGGCAUUGCACUUAUUAGACGCUGUUCGUAAAUUUAAAAUUCGUCACAUUCCAGAUGAAAGUUUAUUGAUGAGAGUGGGUAUACACAGUGGACCCGUUUGCGCUGGUGUUGUUGGAGUGAAAAUGCCUCGAUAUUGUCUAUUUGGAGAUACAGUCAACACUGCUUCGCGUAUGGAAACAACCAGUUUACCGUUGAAAAUACACGUAACAGAAUCAUUCCGAUCCAUUUUGAUAAAGUUAGGUGGUUAUGAUUUAAUGGAACGAGGUCUGAUUCCAAUUAAAGGUAAAGGUGAACUUAAAACAUAUUGGUUGACUGGUGAAUCCCGGGAAAGAUUGAGUCGUCGAUCAAUGGUCUAUCCCAGAGAUUCCAGGUGCCAGUUUAAAAGUUUAAUGUCAACUACAACUACAUCAGGUUCUUUGGCCUCGUCAACUGUUGUUAGCCCGAGUAGCUUAAGUCAUGCAGGUGUAAUGACAAGGAAAAGUUCGCCAGUGACUUUACCAAGUAGUCCAGUUUGUAGUCCAUUAACUCUUUCCGAUAACAUUGGAGAAGUCGGAAAGUUGGGAUCGAUUGAGAAUGAGAUAAAAAGGGCAUCUCAUUUUGGGUAUAAAGUUGUCGCCUCUUCUUGUGAGAUUAAAAUGCUUCAAAAAAGGUCAGUUUCUUCGCUGAAUCGUCUUUUUCCUAUGAGACCAGCAAAAAAGUACAAGACGGGAUUCGAUCUAUAUGAUUUGACUUCAGGAUCCCCUAAAACAUCAGCAACUUCGCCGUCAUUAUCAUAUGGAAAUGGCUCUACCUCCGUUAGAGUAUCAAAGUUAACCAACACAGGAUCAGUGAAUGACAUUGCUUUUGAUUGUGAGCAAAAAAGCCAAGAAAAAUUAGGAUCUCGUUCCGUUUCACCAAAUUGUAAUCACCAAUCCCUAAAAAUGGUUUCAAGUGAGAGUAAAAUUUGUGUUAAUCGAGUUAGUCUUGUUUUAGACCCAUUUAAAAAAUUUCGUGGUUCACUGAAGGAUAUUUUCAAUCAAAAAAUAUCGACCUCACUUCAUUCAUCUGAACUUAAUGAUAUCUCUAGAUCGGAAAGUUUUCCUUUCUUGUAA